UUAGGACCCGCCGCUUCUUCCACCUCUAGAGAAGCUGCGGUGGCGGGAAAGACCUCUCCCCUUUGGGGGACAGUGGGUGACGCUGAGAGUGUCAGUGCUCGACGACUGGACACUAGCUCCUAGUUUCCGCCCGGAAGAUAUCAAUGGAUAUUAUAAAGGGCAACUUAGAUGGAAUUUCAAAACCAGCCUCAAAUUCAAGAACACGUCAUGGGAGCAGAGGUUCAAAUGCUUCUUUGGAGGUGCUCUCACCGGAACCAGCAUCCUUCAAGGUUGAUACUGCAAUCAAUUUGAACUCUGGUAAAGAGGGCCACUCAGAGAGCAAUAAUACAGAGGAAUGUAUAAACAGUAAUGAUGAUAAAGGGGACAACUACUCUGAGAAAAUAAAAUUGGCUGAAGAGGGGUCAGAUGAAGGUUCGAACUUGAGUCAGCAUCAGAUAAUCCCUGAAUGUUCAGAUGAAUCUGAAUUAAAAGAAUUAGACUCUCAACUUCAAGAUGCUAUUCAGAAGAUGAAGAGGCUUGAUAAGAUAUUGGUGAAGAGACAACAUAGAGAAAAUGAAAUUAAGAAACAAGGUCUAGAAAUGAGAAUAAAGCUGUGGGAAGAACUUAAGUCUGCAAAAAAUGGUGAAGCUUUACAAAGUAAUGAGGAGAUGGAAAAUACAAAAAAGUUUCUAACUCUGACUGCUGCAUCAGAAGAAACUGUUGAUCCUUCUCAUUACGAGCAUGAGGAUACAUUUUUCUCAGUGUUUCACACUCAAGUCCCUCCAGAAGACUAUGAAAACCGUAUGCAGAAUGUCGAUAAAGAUUUUACAUGUGAUGUGGAAAGAAAUGAGUCAGUGAUCAAAACAGAAAAGAAACCUUUCUCAAAUACAGAAAACAUUGAGCUCAGGGGUGAACACAGCCAGAAUUUCAUUAAGCGAAACAUCGAGUUGGCCAAGAAUUCAGGAAAACCAGUGGUUAUGAUUGACAGAGAGAAGAAAAGGCUGGUUGAACUUCUGAAGGACUUGGAUGACAGUGAUUCGGGGCUGUCCAGUUCUGAAGGAGAUCCGUCUGGCUGGCUGGUCCCGGGAGAAGGAUACACACUUGCAGUCACACAGCAUCAGCAACUUGCUGAAAUUGAUACAAAACUCCAAGAACUCUCUGCCGCCUCCCCAGCAGUUUCCAGCUCUUCUCUAAGACCUGAACGUCAGAAUGAUGAGGAACUUGACCUUAAUGGUGAUGAUAGAAAUGCGGAAAUAACUCCAGGAGAAAAGGUGCUUCGGAAUACCAAAGAGCAACGGGAUCAGCAGAAUCGGUUGAGAAAGAUAGAUGAAAAGCUAAGAAAGAUGAAGGAAAAUGUGUUAGACUCAACAUCACUUCUUUCUGAGGAACAGUUAAGGUGUCUCCUGGAUGAAUGCACACUUAAACAAAAAUCCGUGAUUAGACUGCCUUCAGAAAGGGAAAAGAAAGACAUUGAGGAUAUGGCACCUGAGUUGGCGCAGCUUUCCAGAUCUACUCUCUCUGAGUCACUAGAUAGGUCAAAAUCAAAGGUCAAAAGCACUGAGGUGGAAGACAUAAAUACGCCUGAGAAUGCUGAAAGUGAAACAUCUAGAGGCUACUAUCUCACCAAAGCCUUGACUGGGCAUUAUAUGUCACAAGCUCUCGUUGAAGCAGAGAAUUUGAAAUGCCUCCAGUUUUCUGAGGACAAGGUUAUUAGUGACGCAAAAGACUAUUUUAUGUCAAAGACUCUUGGCAUUGGGAGACUGAAAAGGCCCUCUUUCUUGGAUGAUCCACUAUAUGGCAUCAAUGUGAGGCUUUCAUCUGAAGACCAACAUCUGAAACUCAGCCCUCCAGAGAAACCCAAACCAGAAACAGAACUGGACAUUGAAAAGGAUUCAAUAAAUGACAGUGACGUUAGUAAAAUAUGAAUUUGUAUCCUUUUGGGUCCCACAUUUGGGGGGGGGUCAUAUCUCAUUGCUGUGUUUUUAAUAUGACUCAUUUGUUGUUUUGUUCUUUUAUUCCACAAAUCCAACAAAUAUGUCAUCUAAGCAACUGACUUCCUAAAUCAUAUAGGAACUAUGAAUGUUACUGUUACUUACGGUGAUUG